AUGUCGGAUGUGGAGACUGCUUCUUCAAUCAAGUCCUCCCAAAACCUUUCUGUUGCUCCACCUAGACCUCCACGAUCGCUGCGGGAAAAAGUACUUACAAAAUCCAGUUUAUCAAAAGCAACACCUAGCGAGAAGUUGUCGCAGCCAUCAUCUCAUCCCGCAACAGGAAAACGUCCAGCGGACUCUGCUCCGACAGACGCAUCUACAACAAGAAAAAAUGCCUCUUCGCACACCCCCACUCUGGGAACUAAAAUGUCGCAAACUUCAGUUAAAAGCGACAGCUCGAUCCGAUCCUCCGUUUGUGACCCGGUAGAUGCGACUAUCGACAAAGUAGCUAACUGGAAGCAGGAAGAAAUUCCUCCACUUCCAGUUUUAUCCGACGAAGAACUUUCGAUCACAUCUGCGCCGGAAUCACCACUAUCGGAGGCACCGGAAAAAAGGAAGACCCAGCCUGCUUUUUAA